UGACCUCAGGCGCUCAGUUUGUAAAUCUGCACAUGACAGUCCCGGAGAACAAAAUUGAUGAGAUUAGGACCUUGAUUGUCCCUAAAAACCGCAGAACACCAAUUCGCAAUUCAUGGCCUUCAAUUGUUGAGGUGUUAACAAAGCAGCUCAAACUUAUGGUAUGCAUGAAAACAGAUAAGAAAUUAUGGAAAGUAUUUAUCAAACCAUCUUCCGAAACAAGAGAUGCCCAGCACUUACAGAAGGGUUGUGACUUCGUGAACGCUUUUUUGAAAGGCUUUAAGUACGAAGACGCAUUAGCUGUGGUCAGAAUAGAUGGUAUCUACGUCAAUUCAUUCCACAUAAUGGAUGUGAAACAAACACUCAAAGGUGAUCACAUGGCUCGAGCAGUGGGGCGUAUAUGCGGUGCUAAAGGUCGUAUUCGUAUGUGUAUUGAAAACGCUACACGGACUCGCAUAGUUGUUGCCGAUGAAACCAUCCAUAUUCUAGGAAGCAAUGACCGUAUAGCAGUGGCCCGACGUGCACUAUGCGAUCUGAUAUUAGGUGCUCCGCCGAACAAAAUUUUCGGAAAAAUUCGAACACACGCCGCUAGACUAGAUUCUUCUUUGUAACUUCUUUAAACCUACGCGCUAAUGUAUAAAAUUUGUUUAUUCAUUACUCGUUAUCUUGCUAAUGUUAUUAUUUUGAUACCAUA